ACGUGGACGACGUCACUCCGUUUUGGGUCUGGUAGGUGGAGGUACACACGGCAAUACAUAACAAGCUAUUUGGCUGAAUCAUGCCGAUCAUUUUAUGGAAAAUUAUUGUUGUUCAUCUCACCACCACAAUUGGCUUUUCCUGUUGUUUUCGUAAUGACGUGAGUCUUGAGGACAAUCAGGAUAUACCAGCGAUCGCCAAAUAUUUCAGCACGAAAGGGAGGUAUGAGGAAGUGAACCCGUAUCUCAUAGAGGACAUACUUGCUGUAAACAGAUCUAUUUUACAGCCCCCGUCAGCACAAUGUCGCGAAAUUCAUCUGACUGCCAUAAUAAGACACGGCACAAGAUACCCGACGACCAAAAACAUCAAGAAGAUGCGGAAACUUUACGACCUCGUCAAGAGCAAUGCCUCUGCCGAAGAGAACUGGCUGCAUGAACUUCAGACGCAGUGGACGAUGUGGUACAAUGAGGACAUGGACGGCCGACUCGUCCAGAAAGGAGUGAAUGAUCACAAGCAUCUGGCCGUCAGGCUGUCGAAGCUGUUCCCCUCACUGAUUUCAGAGGAGAAGCUUCGAGGUGGACUCAUCAAAUUCAUAACCAGCUCAAAGCACAGGUGUGUGAACAGCACACUGUCCUUUAAAGCAGGACUGACUGAGCUGUGGGCUAUUAAAGAUAAGGAGUUUGACCAUGCAGUGAACGACGCUCUGAUGAGGUUUUUUGACAAAUGCACCAGGUUUGUGCAGGAAGUUGACAACAACCCCUCAGCUUUGACAGAGGUGGACAAGUUCAAGGAGGGGCCAGAGAUGAGGAGGGUCCAGGAGAAGAUCGCAGAUCGUCUUAAAGUCCAAUACCCUACCAUCACAGAUGAUAUGGCUGAAGCUGCUUUUUAUUUAUGUGCUUAUGAGUUUGCCAUCAAGACCGUGAACUCCCCCUGGUGUCGGCUCUUUGAUGAAGUCGAUGCACAGGUUAUGGAGUAUGCAAAUGACCUGAAGCAAUUCUGGAAAAGAAGCUAUGGUCAUGAUAUCAACAGUAAGUCAAGCUGCAUUCUUUUCCAUGAUUUGUUCAGCCGACUGGACAAAGCAGCCGAUGAGAACAAGUCAGGCCAGCAGGUGACUGAAGCUGUGACAGUCCAGGUCGGCCAUGCAGAGACCCUCCUGCCACUGCUUACCCUGCUGGGCUUCUUCAAGGACAGUGAAGCCCUGACAUCGACCAACUACGCCACACAGACCGAGCGUUCCUUCCGCACCAGCCACAUGUUGCCCUAUGCAGCUAACUUAGUCCUGGUUCUGUACGACUGUGGGGGAAGUGACCUGAGACUGCAGCCACUGCUCAACGAGAAGCCUGUGGCUUUCUCUGGUUUAACUGGCCAGCAGGCCUCCAUGCCGCUCUAUCAAGACGUCAAAGAGCACUACAGAGAACUGCUCCAUGGCUGUGACUUUGAGACUGAGUGUGAGUUGUUCAAGCAUCCUGCUCAGGUUUAAGCUGACAGGGUGGAUUCUGGAAAAGAAGAUAUUAUAAUGGAUGUAUUGUCUUUUCUUUGCAAAUGGAGUGAAUCUUGUGUUGCUAAUUGGCGCAUCUUAGUCUGAAUGUUUCUCCUAUGUGAAUCAUGAACAUAUUACUUUUUGACUUGAAGAAGCAUUUUCACUCCCUUUGUCUUAGGCCUGAGAAAAGGCAGAUUUGUUGGCUCUGAAACGCACCACAAUCCCAGCCUAAGAAUUGAAUUUCAAGUUUAUCUGUACCAUCACAGUAUUGCUACUGCUAUAUUGCUUAUUUUGCAAGGAUUCUUUCCAUUGUUGCAUAACUUGCAGUAAUUAAAGAAUUUAUUUUUGCAGUGUACACAUUUUAUAUGUUCUGCGUAUGAAAUUUAUGUAUCUGUAUUCAUCAUUGUGCUCUUUUCCUGUUUCUCAAGAAGCACUUGAAGCAUUUCCUGAACUGAAGUCUGCUGCCAUUUGUGGCUGCUAGAUUGAAUAUUGUGUGGUCAGUAUGUAUGUCAAGAAAAUUGGUGGUGUUUAUUACAUUAUACAUGCCUCACAAGUCAUUUAACCUUUUUAUAUAUAUAUAUAUAUAUAUAUAUAUAUAUAUAUGGCAGCUGUUUCUGGUGCCAUGGGCCAAACAAGCCAGUGACUACUCUGAAAUCACAUGACAUUUUGGUUUAAUUCAACAUGCAUGCAACAUGCAACAUACCAUCAUCAACCACACAUAGUACCUUUACACCUUUACGGGUACACAGCUUCCUGUUAUGUCCCUUAUCCCGGUUUUAUUCGGUAUAUAUAACAAAAGUGGUUAUUCAUAGCCCUGUAUGAUUUUAACAUCAUCCAGGUUUGUGAUUGUCUGUGCCAAUAAGAACAUUUACUUUUCCAGGUUGUCCAAAAUCAAUUUAUUAAUGAAUCCAUUUAUUAAACCUUUACAACUGCAGACCAGAUAGAUUAAAACCCUUUAUUGAUGACUUAUUCACAUUUAUAACUGCAGGUGGCUUAUUAGAAUUAUUAGUUAUUCUUAUGAAUGGCUUACAUCUACUGCAUAAAGCCAAUGAUUUUCUAUCCUAACUAUAUAACUAUACUAAUAACUUAUUAAUAACUGUUACUCUUUUGGCAAUAAUUUACAUAGAGAGAUUAUGUUGGUGUGGAUCUUUUGUGACUGCAAGGUUUGGAUGACUAACAAAAUAAUCACUAGCACUUUUCUUUUUCUCUUUUCCACCUGUAAAAGGACAGUGAAAUAAAGGCUAUUCCCCAAAACGA